CACCUUAUAUUUUAUGUGAUCGUUGAAAAACGAAAUUUCCAUCGGUGGUUACUCUAUAUGAACAAAUAUUAAAUUAUAUUACGAUAUUGUUGUAUUGCGGCAGUGUAGGCUGAAAUGCCACUGGGCGUGCGUUUUGGAAAUGCCGGCGAUGACUUUUACAACGGUCGUGGUCGUAACCACCAAAUGGACGAAACGACCGGAAACCACAGCAGAGGCGCCUGUGCCGGUGGCGGCAGGCCCACGAAGAAAUUGGGAGUCGUGGCCAAAGCGGUUGCUGCGACCGUGUCCGCUGAUAGACUGCAAGGGGUCUCCUGCGCCCAGAAGGACGUGAAAAACGAUCGUGUUAUGUAUGCGAGAAAUCAACAAUACAAAUACAGCAAGGAACCAGUUACAGGCGGACAACCUAUUACAGCCGAACAAGCAAAAGCAUUACGGUUGACUGUAUUUGGUGCGUGUGACACACCACCUAGAGGAGAAUGGCUUCGUACUGGAUUCGUGUUUAGAGAACCCGAGAAAGAGCUAUCGUACGGCUUAAGAGCACGCAGAAAUGGUACAAGAGGAAUGCUGACUACAAUACAAGGAUAUAUACUCAAACAUUUGUUAUUCACAAGCACUAAAAACUCAUGUAUGAAACCAUCUAAACAGCAGCAAUUGGAUGCUCUUUGUAAAUCAAUUACUGAAAUUCUUUGGAAGAUUGGCAACAACGAAAAAGUUAUAGUAUGUUUACCACAAGAAAAGAGUUACGUAGCACACUCGUUAAACUAUUUUCAAGACAAUGUUACCGAAAAACUUCACUUAUUCGAGUUGACCGAUAUUCAAGACUUAGAAAUUUUCCUCAAAAGAUAUUUACAUCUGUUCCAAGAUGACCCUGGACCCGGAUCACUGUUGUUGCUUUACAGUUCAGUGCUAACCAGAGGGCUAUCCAAGAUUGUAUCAGAUUUAAUGGAUGAAAAAGUGUAUCUGAUAUCAAGUGCUGAGGAAGGGUCCAUAUGCAUCGUAACACUGAUGCUCACUGGUAGAGCUACUCCUAAUUUGCAUAAUGGUAUUGUGAAUAUCGGGGACGAACAACAUUACGCCAUACCACAUUAUGGAAUAUUAGCUAGAAGUGAAGUUGGUCUACUGGUACAUUAUGAAGAAACUUCUACACCGGUACAAGUUACACAGAUACCUGGUUCUCGGUUAAAAACGCCGUCCUAUCCUAUUUGGAUAACUUGCGCUAAAGGCCAUUACGGCAUACUCUUCAACACUAAUAGGGAAUUAUUAAGAAAUCAUUUAGCUGAAAGAAGAUUCCCGUUGACUCAUUAUUCGUGUAGUGGUAGUGAAAACCACGCGAUGGUGGACACGCGAUCGCACCAGGGCGAACAGACACGGAUGAUGAAGGCCACCGACGAUAUUAACAACACCACGUCGCUUCUACUUYUGGUCGAGUGUCUUAUACACACAAAGUGGGAAGGAGCUUCGGUGCAGUGGACGGGCGUUACGAAUGCGGUGAAUUAAUAAAGCAUAACAAUAUAGUUACAUUAUUAUAUAGCGRMAGUAWACCUACAAUUAUUCAUUAUUCAACUACAAUUUGCGUGAUUACUGAAA